AUACCCAGUCACCCAGUGUGAAGGCGGGGACUCUCCGGCCGGACAAGGCAGCGGGUCCCAGCCCGCCCUGCGCGUCACGCCGUCGCGCAUGCGUCCUUGGUAGUCCGCGCGCAGUGAGGCGGGGCGAAAGGACAUUUUUUUUUCUUGCUCCCGCCUCUCUUCUUCCCCCACCUGCCACGUACAGAGCCGGAGUUCUUGCUAGGCUUGUUGGGUCAGUGUGAUUGGCCGGUGCCCGCGCGAGCCUGGGAGCGAGGUGCGGCAGUCGCGGAGGGCAACCGAGCGGGCCGUGACUACCGCCUCCCCGCGACGCCCCAGCCCUGUGGCCUCGCGUCGGCCCAGUCAUUGGAGACCGGCAGAGAGACGGCGGCCGCGGCCUCCGCAAGCCGUCUUUGUCUAGAGUUCUAUAUAUAGAACAUCCUGGAGUCCACCAUGAAUGGACAGUUGGAUCUGAGUGGGAAGCUAAUCAUCAAAGCUCAACUUGGGGAGGAUAUUCGGCGAAUUCCUAUUCAUAAUGAAGAUAUUACUUAUGAUGAGUUAGUGCUAAUGAUGCAACGAGUUUUCAGAGGAAAACUACUGAGUAAUGAUGAAGUAACAAUAAAGUAUAAAGAUGAAGAUGGAGAUCUUAUAACAAUUUUUGAUAGUUCUGACCUUUCCUUUGCAAUUCAGUGUAGUAGGAUACUGAAACUGACAUUAUUUGUUAAUGGCCAACCAAGACCCCUUGAAUCAAGUCAGGUGAAAUACCUCCGUCGAGAACUGAUAGAACUUCGAAAUAAAGUGAAUCGUUUGUUGGAUAGCUUGGAACCACCUGGAGAACCAGGGCCUUCCACCAGUAUUCCUGAAAAUGAUACUGUGGAUGGUAGGGAAGAAAAGCCUGCUUCUGAUUCUUCUGGAAAACAGUCUACUCAGGUUAUGGCAGCAAGUAUGUCAGCUUUUGAUCCUUUAAAAAACCAAGAUGAAAUCAAUAAAAAUGUUAUGUCAGCGUUUGGCUUAACGGAUGAUCAGGUUUCAGGGCCACCCAGUGCUCCUGCAGAAGAUCGUUCAGGAACACCUGACAGCAUUGCUUCCUCCUCCUCAGCAGCUCACCCACCAGGAGUUCAGCCACAGCAACCACCGUAUACAGGAGCUCAGACACAAGCAGGUCAGAUUGAAGGUCAGAUGUACCAACAGUACCAGCAACAGGCCGGUUAUGGUGCGCAGCAGCCGCAGGCUCCACCUCAGCAGCCUCAACAGUAUGGUAUUCAGUAUUCAGUAAGCUAUAGUCAGCAGACUGGACCCCAACAACCUCAGCAAUUCCAGGGAUAUGGCCAGCAACCAACUUCGCAGGCACCAGCUCCUGCCUUUUCUGGUCAGCCUCAACAACUGCCUGCUCAGCCACCACAGCAGUACCAGGCGAGCAAUUAUCCUGCACAAACUUACACUGCCCAAACCUCUCAGCCUACUAAUUAUACAGUGGCCCCUGCCUCUCAACCUGGAAUAGCUCCAAGCCAACCUGGGGCCUAUCAACCAAGACCAGGUUUUACUUCACUUCCUGGAAGUACCAUGACGGCUCCUCCAAGCGGGCCUAACCCUUAUGCACGUAACCGUCCUCCCUUUGGUCAGGGCUAUACCCAGCCUGGACCUGGUUAUCGAUAAGGAGGCUCAUCUAUACCAAUUAACGUAGCUGCUAGCUAUCGGCCUCCCAAAAGACUCCAAUACUAUUUUAAUUUGUAUUGAAGUUCAGAAAUUUAAAAAGCAGAGCAUUUUUUAUGAUAUCAUUGUUGCUGUUAACUGGAAGUAUAAUUUGCUGGACCACAAAAACCAAAAUGAAAGUUUUUUCCUCCCUGCUUAAAAAUGUAGCAGCUUCUUAGUUACUUUGGAACACUACUCUUAUGUGUAUAAAGUGAUUGAUUGACUUUCUAGCUUCCCUUGUCCAGAGGAUAUUAAAAUGCUAGGGUGAGGUUUAGCCAUCUUACUUGGCUUUUUACUAUUAACAUGAUGUACUAAAGUAGAGCCCUUUGAGAAUACAACUAGAUAUUAUGUAUAAAAUGUAACACUGAUAGGUUAAUAAAGAUGAUUGAAUCCA